AUGGUUGUAAGUUGUACGUUACUUAGCAGAUUACUUCCAAUACGUACGCAUAAGAUCCAUCACUUCUUCAGAUUCAUAAACUUGCGGCUAAUCCUUGUCAGUGGAAAGACGAAAGAGUUUCUGUUCUGUCCAAGCGAUUCCGCGGGAGACAUUGCGCAGUAUGUCUUCGAAAAUUGGCCGGAAGAUUGGUGUCAAGAGGCAGUCUCAAAAGCGGAAAUAUUACGACUUAUAUACCAAGGACGAUUUCUACACAGCAACGUAACACUAGGAGCUCUGGGUUUACCGUUUGGAAAAACGACAGUUAUGCACCUCGUUCCAAGGGAAAAUCUUCCUGAACCUAAUUCACAAGAUCAACGACAGAAAAGUAAAGGUGGCAAUAGUAGUUGUUGCUCGGCAUCGUGCAGUAUUCUGUAGAUGGUCGUUAUAUCUUACGAUGGCUUUAUUUUGUAUUAUUAAAUUACAAGAUUAUCGACAUCCCAGUAAAAGCUACUGCUGACCAUGAGACGAAAAUUGUGCAAAGCAGUAAAAGACAUUCAAAGAAAGUUUCCAUAAUGUUGUGAUAUUGGUUAGUGUAUAUUAUAAAUAUAUAUCAACAUAUUCAUGUGCCAGACUAGAGUGUGUGAUUUCGC